AUGGCCCUCAUUCAUGAUUAUAUUCUGCAGGAUUGUUUGGGUCAGCAGCGCCUUCUGGUGGAUUAUUUGGAACAGCUGCAAAAACCUCGACCGUUACAGGAAAGUGGUUUGAUGGGAACUGCUGGAGUGACUACGAUUUCAACGGUUUCUGGACCUUUCGGAAAUACAUCAGUAACAACAACACAAGCUUUAUUUGGUGUCACGCCUGCUGCAACUGCUACCGGAAGUCUUUUUGGAAAACCAACAACGGGUUUGUUCAGCAAUCCGGCAACUGUUACAACUGCUUUAACUGGUGGACUUUUUGGUGCAGAUGGAGCAACGACGGUUACAACUGCAAAAGGAUUGGGAGGAACGGGUACACUUGCAACUACCGGUUUGAUACCCAGUAACUUGGGUGUUGCCGGUGCUGCGGCAUCUGGAAGUCCAUUGGAAGCUGAAGUACAGCAAGUGGUUAUGGAUCUGUUUAAUCUGUUGCGGGACCAGAUUAAGAAAAACCAUGAAUUAAGCGUUGAAUUUGCUAUGAAUCGCGCAGACUCAUGCUUGCACAUGGAUGAAAAGAUAGAUGAAUUGGUUAGAACACGUGUGAAAAACGCUGAUAUUAUACGUUUAGCAAAAGAUAGAGCGGAAGAAUUACUUGAGAAAAUGCAGCGAGACUUACGGGCAGCAGAGCAGGUACGUCGACGGCAGAAAGAGAUUUCAAAAAACCCACUCUUCGGUCGCAAACAAGCAUUGUCUUAUUUGCUCGCAGUUUGUAUCGAACACGAAAAUACCGUGCGAGAAUUUUGGGGGACAUUGCAAUUAUUGCAGGAGAGAAUUGAUGCGAAAUUAAAUAAGAAAGGAAUAACCACAAAGCAGGAUCUGCAGAAACAUUUUGAGCAUUAUGACCAAACAUUCAAAGUUAUUUGUUCUGAUGUAUAUCGUUGUAAAAUACAAAUCGAAGAUCUCAAGGAUGGAUUUUUGGAACAUCAAAAGCGUACCGUUCCAUAUACACCAAAUCCAUUUGAACAACGGAAAUCGAAGCAUAUUGAAAAGCCAAUUGCGGAACGGAGAUUCACCGGCGCAGAUGCGUUCCCUUCACAAGUAACAAUGAUGAAAAUUGGUGAAAUGGCGAAACCUUCUUCAACACCACAACAAACGGCAGGAGUAAGUGGAUUUGGCACAUCGGGUUCGUUAUUUGGUUCAAAAACUUUCGGUACUUCUGCCUUCUCUUUCAAUCCAUCAAUUACAAACACAACAGCACCAUUAUUCAAAUCUUUCUCCACUACUAGUUCAGCAUCGGCUCCUCUUUUCGGCACCUUAGCGACAUCAGUAGCGGAGCCGGUACCUGCAUCCACAACAACAUCAUCUUUUACUUUUGGAAAUACAUUGAAUUCAUCUGUUAGUGGGACAUUAUUUGGUGGGAGCGCCAGCAAACCCUUCGGCCGAUAA